CACCAACUGGAAAUACAAGCACAAUAUCUUAGGUAACAAAGACUGCUCAAUACAAGAAGCUGCAUUUGCCCGGCUCACAAUAAGUUGAUAGUCUUAUUGCUGUUAUUAAAGUAGUUUGUAGAAUGGCGGCUGCUUUUGGGAAGAUAGUCCUCGGUACUUAUGUGGAGAUAAAGCGCAAUGAUGGACGUAUCCACCAGGCAACGGUGACCUCACUGAAUGAGGACAAAGAGAGCGUCACAGUGGAGUGGAUAGAAAAUGGCGACACAAAAGGAAAAGAAAUUGACUUGGAGAAUAUAAUUGCACUUAACCGAGAUGUGGCUCCAAAUGAGGAGAUUGCCCCUACACCCACAGGUGUGAAGGUCAACAAAAUCGCAAAGAACCGGCAGAUGAUAGCAUCUUCUAAGAAUGACACUCCAAGUCACACUCCUUCCAGUGAUAAUAGAGUGAUUCCGUCCCGGGCCAGACCCCAGCAGCCUGCACAGCCCAGCCAAGCUCAGACACAACAGCAGCUGCAGAAUGCAAGGAGGAGGUCAAACUUGGUGAAGGAGGUCGAGAAACUGCAGGAGAAGAGAGAGAAGCGUCAGCUUCAGCAAAAGGAGAUCCGGCACAACAGAGCUCAGGAGGUGGACUCUACCAUUCCUAACUAUGAAAUCAUGUACAUGAUUCGGGAUUUCAGAGCCUGUCUAGACUACCGGCCCCUAACCACAGAGGAUUUCAUUGAAGAGCACAGAAUAUGUGUUUGUGUGAGGAAACGUCCACUCAACAAAAAAGAGUUGGCUAAGAGGGAUUUGGAUGUGAUCACCAUCCCCAGUAAGGACGUGGUGAUGGUCCAUGAGCCUAAACAAAAGGUGGACCUGACCCGCUACCUGGAGAACCAGACCUUCCGCUUCGACUAUGCUUUCGAUGACAGCACCACUAAUGAGAUGGUUUACAGGUUCAGUGCCAGACCGCUAGUGGAGACCAUUUUUGAGAGAGGCAUGGCCACCUGCUUUGCCUAUGGACAGACGGGCAGUGGAAAAACACAUACUAUGGGUGGAGAUUUCUCUGGGAAGAACCAAGACUGCUCGAAAGGAAUUUAUGCAUUAGCUGCUCGGGAUGUAUUUCUCAUGUUGAAGAAACCCAACUACAAGAAGUUAGAUCUCCAAGUGUAUGCAACUUUCUUUGAAAUCUACAGUGAAAAGGUUUUUGACUUGCUGAAUCGUAAAGCUAAGCUGAGGGUUCUGGAGGACGGGAACCAGCAAGUUCAGGUUGUGGGGCUUCAGGAGAAGGAGGUCAAAUGCACAGAAGAUGUCCUGAAACUCAUAGAAGUGGGCAACAGCUGCAGAACAUCAGGACAGACAUCAGCCAACGCGCACUCAUCUCGCAGCCACGCUGUAUUCCAGAUCAUACUUCGGAGGAAGGAGAAGAUGCACGGCAAGUUCUCCCUAAUUGACCUUGCGGGACACGAGAGGGGGGCAGAUACAUCAGGUGCCGACCGCCAAACGCGCCUGGAGGGAGCUGAGAUCAACCAAAGCCUGCUGGCAUUGAAGGAGUGUAUCAGGGCUCUUGGCCGUAACAAGCCACACACUCCAUUCAGAGCCAGUAAGCUGACCCUGGUCCUUAGGGACUCCUUCAUUGGAAAAAUUUCACGCACAUGCAUGAUUGCAACUAUCUCUCCUGGCAUCACAUCCUGUGAGAAUACACUCAACGCACUACGCUACGCCAACAGGGUAAAGGAGCUGACGGUGGACCACAACCAAGUGAUGGAGGGGGGUCGACCCAAUAUCAAUGCUGUCGAUCAGCUGGAUCUUUCAGACGACGAGUGGGAGAGUAUCUCGCAGCAGAGAGACGAGGAGGUGUCUCCCCGGCUGUUUACUUUCCAUGAGGCCGCAUCUCAGAUAGUGGAGAUGGAGGAGCAGGUCCGAGAGGACCACCGGGCUGUUUUCCAGGAAUCGGUCCGGUGGCUGGAGGAUGAAAAGGUGAUGUUAGAGAUGACAGAGGAGGAGGAUUAUGAUGCGAACUCAUACGCCACUCAACUGGAGCAGAUCCUGGACCAGAAGAUAGAAAUCCUCACCGUGCUCCGGGGUAAAGUGAAGUCAUUCCGCUCUGCACUCGAGGAAAAGGAGCAAGCCAGUAAGCACAUCACUCGCAAGAGGCCACGUGCUCUUUGGUGACUGGUGUGACUUUGGUGUUUACCAGACAAAACCAGUAUUUAAUUUCUGGUUGACCUGCAGACAUGCCUGCAUGUGCACUCUGUGACAGCAUAGGAUUCACCACUGUCCUUGAUUUUCAUGCUUGAGUCCUCAAUUGGCAUUGUAAAUUCAUAUCUCAUAAGCGAUCUUUUCUUUCUUUUCCUUCCUUCUUCAGAGUUUCCACAAGUUUUGAAUAAGCUUUUAACCACAGUCGUGCUUUUCCUUUGUUUCUUUCGUUGUGUUCCUGAGAAGUUUGCUUUUUUUAACAUGUAGUUUGCUUCAGUUUGUGCCAUUGCAUUCUGCAUGGUAACUGUUGGUAACAUGGUAACCCCUGUUAAACACUUUGUUAUAAAAAGGGAACUAGAAAAACCUGAUAUAAAAGUUGUAUAGAGAAGACGCCUGACCUUGUGUUUGCACCAGAUGUAAUGUUGGAUUGAGUAAUAAAGAUUCCUGUCUUUCAUUUA